CCUCUGUGUGUUUCUACACACAUUGAUCCAAAAUGGCGGCCGCGGUCCGGUUGAUUCCUGCUGUUACGUUCGCGCUGUUGUCCCGUUUUCCUGCCGCCUUGUCCUCGCGCAGGGACGUGCUCGAGCUCGGGGACGCGGACUUCGACUACUUGGCAACGGAGCACGAGACCAUGCUCGUAAAAUUCUACGCGCCAUGGUGUGGUCACUGUAAGAAAUUAUCUCCAGAGUUUGAGAAAGCGGCGACUCGACUGAAAGGCAGCGUCCAGUUAGCAAAGGUAGACUGUACGGCCCACUCAGAGACCUGUGCUCGUUUCGGGGUCUCUGGUUAUCCCACUCUGAAGAUCUUCAGGUACGGCAGAGACUCCGCCCCCUACGAUGGACCUCGCAGCGCAGAUGGGAUCUAUCAGUACAUGAAGAAGCAGACGGGUCCAGACUCUGUUCACCUGAGAACCAAAGACGACCUCCAGACCUUCACCAGUCACUACGACGCCAGUGUAGUCGGUGUGUUCUCAGGUGACGACAGCUCUCGUCUGGCUGAGUUCCUGAAAGCCGCCGGUCUCCUGAGAGAACAGUUCAGAUUCGCCCACAUCACGGACCUGGGGCUGGGCCAGGACCACGGCGUCACGGCCGAGAGUGUGUUGUUGUUCAGACCUCCCAGAUUGUCCAACACGUUUGAGGACAACGUCGUCAUCUUCAGAGAAUAUUUGACUAUUGGUUCCCUGAGACGCUUCAUCAGAGACAACAUCUAUGGUCUGUGUCCUCACAUGACCUUGGAGAACAGAGACCGACUGAGAGUUCGUGACCUGCUGACGGCGUACUACGACCUGGACUAUCACCACAACAUCAGAGGCUCCAACUACUGGAGGAACAGGGUGAUGAAGGUGGCAUCUAAGUAUGCUGGGCGGGGCCUGACAUUCUCCGUAGCCAAUAAAAAGGACUUCCUGUUGGAGCUGGAGGAGGACUUCGGUCUGGGGACGUCUGAUGGUGGAGAGCUGCCCUUCGUUACUAUCCGGACCAGACUGGGCCACAAGUACACGAUGAGGGAGGAGUUCACGAGGGACGGACAGUCUCUGGAGAGGUUCUUGGAGGACUACUUUGCUGGACGACUCAAACGCUUCAUCAAGUCAGAACCGGUACCUGAGAGGAACACGGCAGGAGUCAAGGUGGUUGUGGCCGAAUCAUUUGAUGAGGUGGUGAAUGAUCCAAACAGAGACGUCCUCAUCCAGUUCUACUCUCCGUCCUGUCCACACUGUAAGAAGCUGGAGCCGGUGUUCAGAGAGCUGGCAGACACGCUCAGCUCCAACCCUGAUGUUGUCAUCGCCAAGAUGAACGCCGUCGAUAACGACGUCCCGCUGGGCUACGACGUCCAAGGGUUUCCCACCAUCUACCUCGCCCCAGCGGGCAGGAAGGACCAGCCGAUAAGAUACGAGGGUGGUCGAGAGGUCAGAGACUUCCUGAACUUUCUGAAACGUGAGGCGAGUCACAGGCAGAAGCUCGGCGGCUCCAAGGACGAACUCUGACAUCACUCAGGACCGGCUCCUGGAGGCGGUCUCCAUGACGAUGGGCGGUGUUCAUGUUGACCCACCUGGAGACGGGAACAAUGAUGAACGGCUGCUGAUGUUUCUACUGAAUAAACAGAUUUAUUUAUUAUUUAUUAUUUAUUGAGUCAUCUGAUGUUUUUUGGUUAUUAUUUAAGGAUGAAAACAAUGUUUCAAGAACAAUAAAAAGAAUUAAGAAGUCAAACAUCAACAGACUAAAACAAGAACCAUGUUUUCCUCAUUUUACUUUCAUUCCCUCAUUGUCAAUAUUUAUUUUGUAAUAAACACUACAGAUGUUAAUUGUU